AUGGAAGCUGAAGAUAACGAGGAUAUUGGCAAUGACGAUGGACAAUUUGGAGGUUGGAAAGAAAAAGAUUUUAAUCCUGAUAUAAUUCCUUUUAUGCAGCCAUUGUAUUUACCUUUUAAUGACGAAGAAUUCUGUAAAAUUGAUUAUUUUCGUCGACACGUAAAUGAUGAGCUGAUGCAAAUUAUCGUAGAUAGAUCCAAUGAGAUGUAUCUAUUAAGAAACGGCCAGUUUUUAAAUUUAACACUUCCCGAGUGCUACAUUUUUAUUGCAAUUAAUUUAGCCAUGUCUUGUAUUGGAUAUCCAAUUCUCCGAAUGUACUGGCAACACAAAUUUCGUGUCGCUUUUGUAGCUGAUCAUAUGUCUCGGAACAGAUUUUUCAUUCUUUGGAAUUCUUUAAAACUCGUUAAUGACAACGACUUUUCUGCCGAAGAUAAAAGUAAAGACAAGCUUUGGAAAGUUCACCCUCUUAUCAAAGAAAUUCAUAAGGGUUGUCAUUCCAUACCAAAGGAUCAAAAACUGUCAAUUAACGAAAUGAUAAUUCCUUUUACAGGCGCCUGUGGGAUGAAGCAAUAUAGCCCAGGUAAACUUAAUCCUACAGGUUUAAAAACUUUUGUAUUGGCGAAUCCCACCGAAGAAGUGUGUGUUUUUGAUAUAUAUCAAGGGGCGACUACAUAUCCUUUUUAUGCUGAUACAUCAUUCGGGUUGGGAGAGAAGGCAGUUCUUGCCUUAAGGGAGGAUUUGUUGCCGGGACAUAUAAUUUACUGUGAUAGGUACUUUACCACCGAGACACUGAUUGUGGAAUUAAAAAAACAGAGGCCUGAUGUGCGCUGGUACAUUGAUGAAGAAUAG